AUGUCGUUUCCUAUUCUUCGGGAUCACUUUUCUUCUCUACCAGUCGAAGAGCAACUGCAGUUCUUGUCUUGGCUAUUUCAGGGUGCUUUGUCCCAAUGCCUCCAUGUUUCAUCCAGCGCGGAUAGCACAUCGGCAUUAGAUUCUGUCUCAGGAGAGGAAGAAACCUCGACUCCACCACCUACACAACCAUUCGAAGGUGCCAACGGGGUCGAUAUACAGCGUCCUGGCUCCUCGAGAAAAGGACAGCCUUUCCUUCCGGAAGAGGAUCGCCCUCUGGUGAAGCUUAGGAAGGAAGACGCUCUUACCUGGUCGGAGGUAAUCAAGCGUUUCAGUCGGAAGUUCCCUGGAAGGAGCAACGGCUCCAUCCAAGUUUACUGGAGCACAACGCUUAGGAAACAACUGUUGUCUUCGAGAUAG